UUUGCAACUUCCGACAGCCUCGCCAUUCUAGUUUUUUUUUCGGCGCUGACUAGCAGCACGCCACGUUUUUGCAGUAAGAUAUCAUUACACUUUUUUCAAAAUGGCUAGCUUCUAGCUAAUAAAUCAAUGUUGUUUUUCCCCCUGCCUUCAAUGAAACAUUCCACCACAUUUGCCUGAACACAGAAGCCAUUACACAGCCUAGCGCGCUAGCUACGUGAAUACUUGUGCCGAACUAACGCGCGAUUUCCGACAGUAUUUGAAAAGUUGAGGUGCAUUUUCAACCUCGCCAGCGUCUCUAGCUACCUAUCCCUUUUUGUUUCAUUCGCGUGUUCCAAGGUUUGGUACAACCAGUGGUCCUUAGGAUGGAAUUCCAAGGUGGGUAACUAGCUAUCAUUUUUCUUUAGUCUCGCUAGCUAACUAAACAGAGACAAUACUGCUAGUGCUAGCUAGCAAUAAACUAGCUAGCUAACUAAGCCAACACAUUGUCACACGAGUUAGCUUACUUAGCUAGUUAGUUUUAUGUACUGCUAGCGGCUUGCUAUGAAACUCGACUAGAAAACUCAAUUAACCAGUGUUUUAUUUUUAAGCUCCGUUUUGAGCUUCUUACAAGCUGCUUGUGAAGCGAACCAACAAACUAACUUAGCUAGUUACUGUAACGUUAGCUAGCAAGCUUGGCAUUGUGGGUUCGUUUCCCACCGGGGGCCAGUAUGAAAAAAAUAAAAUAAUGUAUGCACUCACUAACUGCAAGUCGCUCUGGAUAAGAGCGUCUGCUAAAUGACUAAAAUGUAAAUGUAAAUGUGACUGGUCAGUUAGCUAGCUAAUUUAGUUAUGUCAGUGUGUUGGAAUGUUUAUAGCUAACGUUAGCUACCUAGUUACUAGCCAGUUAGGAGUUGUGAUGAGUAACUAAAAGCAGUUUUGAAAUCAGCAACUAAGUAAGUUAGUGGGAUAGCAAUGUGGAGGAGGCUAGGCUAUAGACUAACGUUAGCUAAUAACAUAGAUCCAAAGCUAGGUAUCUCUGUGUUAACAACUAACUAUACUGAACGAAAAUAUAAACGCAACAUGUAAAGUGUUGGUCCCAUGUUUCAUGAGCUGAAAUAAAAGAUCCCAGAAAUUGUGGCAUAUCAAGGAGCUGAUGAAACAGCAUGAACAUUACACAUGUGCAGCUUGACUGGGAACAAUAAAAGGCCACUCUAAAAUGUGCAAUUUCUUCACAACACAAUGCCACAGAUGUCUUCAGUUUUGCAGGAGCAUGCAAUUGGCAUGCUGACUGUAGGAAUGUCCACCAGAGCUGUUGCCAGAUAAUUGAAUAUUAAUUUCUCUACCAUAAGCUGCCUCAACGUCAUUUUAGAGAAUUUGGUAGUAUGUCCAACCGGCCUCACAACUGCAGACCACGUGUAACCACACCAGCCCAGGACCUACACAUUCGACUUCUUCACCUGCAGGAUCGUCUGAGAGGAGCGAGCCAGACAGCUGAUGAAACUGUGGGUUUGCACAACCAAAUAAUUCAUGCCCAGGUGCAUAUGAGUCAAAAUAAGAAUACUGGAAGAGAUGGCGACCCUCACACUAUCGAAAAAAAUUCAUAAAUCCUAAACUGAGGCUUGAAUGCAAAAUAAAGAUGUUUAUUAAAACAUCAUGGUGCCCCAAAAAUAAUAGUGCAAGAAAGUGCAUAAGUGAAAAGGUGUUUUGUUUCCACUUUUCAUUUAUGCACUUUCUUGCGCUAUGAUUUUUUUGGGGCACCAUGAUGUGCAUACUCAUCAGACAUGUCACCCGUUGAGCAUGUUUGGGAUGCUCUGGAACAACAGCACGUUUCAGUUCCCGCCAAUAUCCAGCAACUUCGCAAAGCCAUUGAAGAAAAGGGGGAUACCUAGUCAGUUGUACAACUGAAUACAUUCAACUGAAAUGUGUCUUCCGCAUUUAACCCAACCCCUCUGAAUCAGAGAGGUGCGGGGGGGGGGGGGCUGCCUUAAUCGACGUCCACGUCAUCAGCGCCCGGGUGCCCAGGAGCAGAACGACGCUGCUACCUGCCACGGGAAAACAUUCCACAGGCCGCAAUCAACAGCCUGAUCAACUCUUAUGAGAAAGAGAUGUCGUGCUGCAUGAGCCAAAUGUUAGUCACACUCACACCAGAUACUGACUGGUUUUCUGAUCCACGCCCUACUUUGUGACCAACAGAUGCAUAUCUGUAUUCCCUGUAUUCCCUGUCAUAUGAAAUCUGUAGAUUAGGGCCUAAUGAAUUUAUUUCAAUUGACUGAUUUCCUUAUGAACUUUAACUCGAAAUUGUUGCAUCUUGCGUUUUUAUUUUUGUUCAGCGUAGGUAGCUUACUUACUCAUUAGCUUCGCUAACUAACGUUAUCUGCCAUGUGUGUCCCUAGGCACGGAACCAAUGACUCUGGGUUCCCCAACAUCGCCUAAACCCGGCCCGGGUGCCCAGUUCCUCCCAGGGUUUUUAAUGGGGGAUCUGCCGGCACCUGUCACACCCCAGCCUCGGUCAUUUGGGGUCAUGGAAAUGAGGUCACCACUUCAAGCAGGUGAGGGAGAGUUUACUUUUUGGGGGUCAUUGGUCAUUCACCAGCUAAAACAAGUAGCUAGCUAGCUGACUUUCCAAUCUGUCAUAUGUCAUUAUCUAACAUCCCUUUUAUAGUCAAAUUAGGCUAGCUAAAUCCUACAGCGUGACUUUAAAACACCUCCUUAUUUGUUACUAUCAGAUCUGUUACUUUCACUUUCAGUGUUGUGAUAUGGCGAAGGCAGUCUUGUCAUCUCUGCCGUAUUUCCGAUUGAUCCCUGACUGUUUCUGUAACCCUCUCUCUGUUAGGUGGCUCUCCCCCCCAACCCGUGGUUCCUACACCCAAAGACAAGAGUGGGGCCCCUCCAGUCAGAAGUAUCUACGAUGACCUCUCCAGUCCUGCUGUAGGGAUGUCCCCUAUGGGCGCACAUAAACAGGUACAUCUUUAACAGAGUAGGGUCCUGACCUGGGCGUGAACCCGGGACCUUUACGCGCUACAACACUUUGGACUCACAGAGCAGUGUUCUAAUAGCCUGACUAACGCACAGACUUACGUGGUAGAACGGUGAGCAGGAACGCUGUGGACCCACUGGUCUGGUAACCCUACUUUCGGCUUUGAAGCGGGCGCAAUUGAUUGGUUCUGACUUAUUUCCCUGGGGGAUUUGAGACCUCUCGCUAUUUGGAUUUGAAAAACAAACAGUUGUAAAAGCAAAGGGGGUGGCGCUCAGGUGCUGUGUGUGUUUGGUGUUUUGAGCGACACGAGAACCAACAGUGUAAAAGCUCCCCUUUUUUUUAUUAUCGAUGCAUCAUGCAGAUAACAUCAAAGAGCCCCCAGACUCUUCAGCCACUCUGGUAUCUGUCUCUUUAGCCCGGGAAGUGUUCUAACCAAUCCUUAAUGAUUCUACACCUGCUACAUUAGCAUCUCACCAGAAGCUUUUGAUUUUGAGUAGUGUAUCUGCAUCAAGACGACGUGUAAUAAUUUUGAUGUUGUUAUCUUCUCUCAGCCCUUCUCAAUGAUGCACACCCCACUGUCUGGUUAUAUGGCGGUCACACCAGGAACCGGUGAGCUAUUGAAUAAAAAAAAAAAUCUAACUUGUUUGUUCCACCUUUUUACUAAGAGAGGGAUUUCAUAGGUAUGUCCUAAUUUUCUCUGACAGCGUCCAGUAUAUUUAGUCCUGCUACCACCGGACAGCAGGCGAAGUCAACAAUGUCUCCAGCCCAAGUAGACCCUUUCUUCACUCAGGGAGAUGCACUGUCUUCCGAAGACCGUCUAGAUGAUACUUGGAUCACUGUGUUUGGGUACGUUCCUGGUAUUGCACCCCCCUAAUAUCUAACUUUAACUGUUUGAAAUAGUGGGUACAUUCUUUUUAGCUCACCUGGUUCCGCAGGUGUUCAGAGUUUUCACUCUAGGACCAAUCAAAUCAUCUCAAGUGUGCAAACUCCGCUCACUUGGUGCCCAGGAGGACCUUAAACAGAUGCACCGAAUUUGUCUGAUCUGUGGAACACAAUGCAGCACCCCUAGAAUGGGUUUGUUGAGGUGAAAAAAUAAACUGCUUCCUGACUGAAUAAUACUAUUUGUUAAACAGGUUCCCUCCAGCCUCUGCAUCUUAUAUUCUGCUGCAGUUUGCCCAGUAUGGAAACAUAAUGAAACACGUGGUAAGAAUAUUGACCUCCUUUUGAAAAUGAAGUGCAACUGUGUAUUUCUGUGUCUGUCUGCGUUCCGUCCCGUUACGACGUUAUGUUCUCUUGUGCUAAUAGAUGUCCAACACUGGUAACUGGAUGCACAUUCAAUAUCAGUCUAAACUCCAAGCAAGAAAAGCACUAAGUAAAGAUGGGAAGAUUUUUGGCGAGGCUAUAAUGGUUGGUGUUAAACCGUGCAUCGAUAAGGUAAGUCGCUCUGGGUAGAUUUACGUAGGAACACUUUCAUUAGUGAUAAUUUGAUUAUUUUUUUUUACGCUGUGAGAAUAAUUCAACUGAAAAGUCAACACAUUUAGAAAUGAGUGAGUGGAUGUCUUUUAUUACUUUGUGUACAACACAUCUGAUCAUUUUAAUUAAUAUGAUUUCUUAAUUGGUUUCGCUUUCUCUUGUUCUCUCUGUCUCUCAGAAUGUGAUGGAGAGCUCAGACCGAGGCGCUACCUCCUCCGGCUCAGUAUUUACUCCUCCGGUCGGAAACGGAACCCCGGGCCACCAUGUCGCUACACCUCGCUCCUCUAUGAGGCCCCUCAGUGCAGCCUACAAGGCCUCCAGCAGUGAUUACCAGGUAGGAUCAGGGGGGUUUCACCAAACCAACAGAAAGUUGUUAGCACAUGAAAAAGAUGAGGACCAAGGCCCUCUUUUAUAUAAUUACAAUGUUUUUAUUAUCACGACAUGUUCAAUGGCGCCAACAUAAAAAAAAAAAAAAAACUGACGCGUUUCAGCAGCGUUUGACUUACUGCCCAUUUACACUAUACAAGUGGCACUCACCUAGCCGUGCUAGCUUCGCCCUCAUGUGGGUGCUAGCAAGCUAGCUAGGUAGUGCUACGUAUCAGCAGCCAUUGUCAGCCAAUCCAGUAGGGGUUUGAAGCCAGCGCUACACUUAUCCUUAUUUUUUUUACUUGUCUGAGAAAUCAAGUCACUUGUCUCCCCCUCCCCCAAAACAAGUCGAACACCACGGGCCAAAAAAGGUGACUGAACGUUGUGUUGUAAAAGGUGACUGAACGUUGUGUUGUAAAAGUGACUGAACGUUGUGUUGUAAAAGGUGACUGAACGUUGUGUUGUAAAAGGUGACUGAACGUUGUGUUGUAAAAGGUGACUGAACGUUGUGUUGUAAAAGGUGACUGAACGUUGUGUUGUAAAAGGUGACUGAACGUUGUGUUGUAUGAUGCAAGGACCAACUUCACAAAAUUACCUGAAUUAAUAUCACUGGUGUUGACAAUGGAAGGCUGCUGCUCUCUGAUCCCAUGUAUUAUACACUGUCUCCUGCCGUUGUGGCCUUGAGCAAGGCACUUAACCCCCCACCAAGUAAAAUACUGAACUGAUAGGCUACUGUGUAAACACCAUGCUACUGUGUAAAACACACACCAUUUUGAUCCAACCCUGCUCAACCACAACACGAGUCAGCUUAUCAAGGUCCUGUUGAGAAGCUGAUUUUUUUAUUCAUUAUUAUUUUUUUAUACAAUGUGGUGUGUUCAAGCAGGGCUGGAGUAAAAGCCUGCACACCCAGUAGUUCUCCUGGACUCUCCUGGAGGAUGGUUUGCCACCAUGCAACAACCGAAUGCGUGUCUUUUUAAAAAAAAUAAUUCCCUCAUUCAAUGAACCAGGGAUCCAAUGGCUAAGGUGAGUGAGGUAGCUAACCACGAUAAUAAUAAUAAAUAAUAAUAAUAAUAUGCCAUUUAGCAGACGCUUUUAUCCAAAGCGACUUACAGUCAUGCGUGCAUACAUUUUUGUGUAUGGGUGGUCCCGGGGAUCGAACCCACUACCUUGACGUUACAAGCGCCGUGCUCUACCAAUUGAGCUACAGAUGUUGAUCUAUUUGUAAGGUAAAUAUAUUCUGUGUUCAGGGGAGAUCUUGACAGCGUAGGAGUUACUUGUCAAUUAGGCUAUUCUAAGAAUAUAUUUGAACUUUGUCAGAAUUACAUGUUCAGUGUUGAAUAGAGGAGAAUCCUAGCCAAUUUUGAGCACCUGAGAGACUAUUUUACAACCGGGGUAUGCAGCAUUGGGUUUCAACUGUGCACCCGUAUCAACUGGGUGCCUGCCAUUUGCGGUUCUACAGGAGUGCCGGUGGAAAGUUAUUUUAGGACAUCGGACAUGACAGUGACAUUUAAUACAUGCUAAUAACCAGCCAAACUACACUGUUUUGAAUUGGGCUAUCUAGUUUCUCUGUUGUAUAUCAUUAUUAUACCUGCUGCGUAAUGUCUCUCACUCCUCUGGCAAUGGCCCACGCAGGUGAUGCACACACCAUUACUUUUUCACGAUUUUCAUUGCUGACCAAAAGUGAGCUAUAACUGGGCAAAUAACUCACUAGCUAGCAAUGAAUAUCAAGAAAUGUGCACAUUUUGUAUUUAUUAUGGAUCCCCAUUAGUUCCUGCCAAGGCAGCAGCUACUCUUCCUGGGGUCCGGCAAAAUUAAGGCAGUUAUACAAUUUUAAAAACAUUACAAUAUAUUCAUAACAGAUUUCACAACACUAAUAAGUGUGUGCCCUCAGGCCCCUACUCCACUACCACAUAUCUACAACACAAAAUCCACGUGUAUAGUGCGUAUGUUAUCGUGUGUGUGUGUAUGCAUGUGUCUAUGUUUGUGUUGCUUCACAGUCCCCGUUGUUCCAUUAGGUGUAUUUUUAUCUGUUUUUUAAAAUAUGAUUCUACUACUUGCAUCGUUACUUGAUGUGGAAUAGAGUUCCAUGUAGUCAUGGCUCUAUGUAGUACUGUGCGCCUCCCAUAGUCUGUUCUGGACUUGGGGACUGUGAAGAGACCUCUGGUGGCAUGUCUUGUGGGGUACGCAUGGGGUGUCCGAGCUGUGUGCUAGUCGUUUAAACACAGCUCGGUGCAUUCAGCUUGUCAACACUUUUUACAAAUACAAGUAGUGAUGAAGUCAAUCUCUCCUCCACUUUGAGCCAGGAGAGAUUGACAUGCAUAUUAUUAAUGUUAGCUCUCCGUGUACAUCCAAGGGCCAGCCGUGCUGCCCUGUUCUGAGCCAAUUGCAAUUUUCCUGAGUCCCUCUUUGUGGCACCUGACCACACGAAUGAACAGUAGUCCAGGUGUGACAAAACUAGGGCCUGUAGGACCUGCCUUGUUGAUAGUGCUGUUAAGAAGGCAGAGCAGCGCUUUAUUAUGGACAGACUUCUCCCCAUCCUAGCUGCUGUUAUAUCAAUAUGUUUUGACCAUGAUAGUUUACGAUCCAGGGUUACUCCAAGCAGUUUAGUCUAUCAAACAUGACUGCAUGGUUGAAAGACUGCUUGUGCCUGUCAAUACAGGCCUACAAUAAUUAUACUCCGAUGCGCUCUGCAGCGAUUGGGAGGACAUUGUGAAACACAUUGCAAUUCUGAUCAGAGUUGGCCAAUUGUUUGUUUGCAUGAUUAUUUUUUAAUUUUUUUUAAAAACCUGUCCAUUCGGACAACUUAAAUCUAUAUUGUUAUUGUCUGAAGAGGACAGGCGUUAAUGUUGAGCUCUGGGAACCUACGGUGAGCUUCGAUUGGUCACUCGCAGAGGAUUUGAAUAAAGUUUCGCUUUCCCCAUCUUCAGUCCCGCCCUGUUCAGAUGCCAUGCUCGUGUCGCUCGACGGUCCCCGCUCACUCCGCUUCUCUCUCUCUCUCUUUCCUUCCGUUGAAAGUGAAUGGCUUCCGCGCAAUGCUGCUUCCUAGUGUAAAUAGCUCGUUAGUCAGGGAGUACAAUAAUCUUUUUUAUUUUUUUUGAUACAAGCCCUUAUUCCAAUCAAUCCUGAUUUGAAGAGGGUGUGGUCCAGGCCUAAUCUCCCAAUAUCAGUGCCCAACCUCACUAAAUGCUCUUGUGGCUGAAUGGAAGCAAGUCCCCACAGCAAUGUUCCAACAGAUAGUGGAAAAGCCUUCCCAGAGGAGUGGAGGCUGUUAUAGCAGCAAAGGGGGGGGGACCAACUCUAUAUUAAUGCCCAUGGUUUUGGAAUGAGAUGUUCGACGAACAGGUGUCCACAUACUGUUGGUCAUGUAGUGUACAUCAUAGACCACUAGAAGACAGCAAAGGGACAGCUCAGGAUAAAAAUUUACAGGAACCUCAAUCAGUACAAUACUCUCAAAAUACAUACUACAUGAUUGAAAAAGGGUCAAAUGCAUGUGAAUGCACGGAUCGGUUGCCUUUUUUAAUUGAACAAUACAUUUCAGUCUUAUAAAAUGAUAUCAAGUGACACUUUGUGUUUCUAGGGACAUGGACCAUUUUGUAAUUCACCAGCCAUGUUAUAUGUUUGUGAUUUCAGGUGGUAGCUGACAGACAGACCCCAAGGAAAGAUGACAGUUUGGUUUCCAAAGCGAUGGAGUACAUGUUUGGCUGGUGAGAAAUGGCUGAACGCUUCAUGUUAAAACUCAGACUGAAUGACCAACCGCAGGCGUCCUGUCAUUACGGAGUCACUGGUUCUGUCCCAAAUGGCACCAUAAUCCCUAU